AUCUCGGCAAGAAUGUCGGAGAACAUGUUGUUGUCUCAUGCACUGAGAAUUCUCUCUUUCCCAUCAACGCUACACGUUGCGAGUCUCAAUUUGCCAUUGCCACUCUCAGGUUUUUUCCUGCUUGCGUUCAUCUUCUUAUCGUGACUUCGAUCUGUCUCCGCUUCGUUAGUUAUCGAGCUUCGUCCGGCAACGUCGUUAGGAUUUCCGAUGGAUUCCAUGAAGGGACAAGGCGGGAUUCAGAUGCUGUUGACUGCAGAACAGGAGGCUCAACAGAUCAUUUCGAGCGCCAAGAAUCUAAAGAUCACGAGAUUGAAAAAAGCGAAGGAAGAAGCGGAAAAGGAUGUCGCAACAUAUCGAUCACAUCUAGAGAGUGAGUACCAGAAGAGUAUUGCUGAGACGGGCGGGGCAUCUGGAGCGAAUGUACAGAGGCUCGAAGAAGAAACAGGUGCGAAAAUCCAGAACUUGAAAGAAUCAGCUUCGAAAGUUUCGGAGGACAUAACUGGGAUGUUGAUCAAGCAUGUUACGACAGUGAAGGUGUGAAGACCGAUUGCAUUGCUUUCAUUUGGAGAAGAAAUCUCAAUUAUGCUUUACUUCGUCUUAGAAAAGGAUCAGUGCUUCUUUCCAUUUCAUUCGCGUAACGAUAUUGGCGUAGCCCAUGUCGUAUGUUUAGCUUGCUCUCUCCACUUCUUGAGCUUUUCCCUCUCAAUUUUGCAUGGCUGGGACAUAUGAAAUGCUUGAUUUCUCUUAAACC